CAUUGCGCGGCGCCAGCAGCGGCUCAAACACGGCUCGGCUGCCUGACGUUAGCUGGUCCGGUCCCGGUGCUGCUGCUGCGAUUAAACGGUAACUUCGACCGCCACGAUGAAAGAUGUCACCGGGUACCUCAAACAACAGCAGAGCAACAGCUCCACGCCGGAGAUGGCGGCGGAGUGGCACACGCUGGAGGAGUUUUACAACAAACGGUUGUGGCAUCAGUUGACUCUGAAGCUGACAGACUUUGUUAAAGAUCCGUGCUUCAAAACAGGAGAUGGCCUCAUACAGCUUUACGACAAUUUCCUCAGUGACUUCGAACACAGAAUCAACCCGUUGUCCCUCAUGGAGAUUAUACUGUAUGUUGCCAGACAGAUGCAAGAUCCAAAGGAUGCCAUCACUUUCCUCGAGAAGACCAAGGAAAAGGUGAAAAGCAGCGACGAAGCAGUCAUCCUCUGCAAGACGUCUAUCGGCAGACUCAAACUGGAGAUCAGCGAUCUUCCUGCCACAAAGAAAAUUAUCGAAGAUGUCGAGGAAAUGUUGAAUAACUUGCCCGGGGUGACGUCGGUCCACGGCCGGUUUUACGACCUCUCUAGCAAAUAUUAUCGCAUCAUCGGGAACCACGCCUCCUACUACAAGGACGCUCUGCGCUACCUCGGAUGUGUGGACAUCAAAGACCUCCCAGAGACGGAGAAGCAGGAGAGAGCGUUCACGCUGGGACUGGCCGGACUCUUAGGAGAAGGAGUCUACAACUUCGGAGAGCUGCUGAUGCAUCCUGUGCUGGAGUCCCUGAGGAACACAGACAAACAGUGGCUCAUCGAUACGUUAUACGCCUUCAACGGAGGCAACGUGGAGAAAUUCCAGGGAUUCAAGUCCGCCUGGGGCCAACAGCCUGAUCUCGCAACACAUGAAGCCAAACUGAUGCAGAAGAUCCAGCUGCUCUGUGUGAUGGAGAUGACUUUCACUCGUCCUGCAAACCACAGACAGCUCACCUUCACCGAGAUUGCUACGAGUGCCAAAAUCCCCGUUAACGAGGUGGAGCUCCUGGUGAUGAAGGCUCUGUCCGUGGGCCUGAUCAAAGGUAACAUCGAUGAGGUGGACCAGAAGGUGCAGAUGACCUGGGUGCAGCCCAGAGUGCUCGACCUGCAGCAGAUCAAAGGUAUGAAGGAGCGUCUGGACUUCUGGUGCGGAGACGUGAAGAACAUGGCCAUGCUGGUGGAGCAGCAGGCCCACGACAUCCUCACCUAAACCUCAGAGGGUGGAACCUCUGCUUCAUCACAACCAUUUCUGUUUUGUACUGUGUUUUUUUUUUUUUUCUUUCUAUCAGAUGUGCGUUCGUGUUACUGUCACUGUUUAUUGCCAACCUGUAAAUUACACUCUGGUAUUUUACAAAUAAACAACUGGUUGUAACAUUAUUAUCCUCCAACAUUAAAUAUCGUCUAAAACAUGAAUAAAAAUGUCAUGACGCCGA